AUGGUUACAGAAACAAAUCGAUAUGCUGCAGUGGAAAUAAACAAGCAAUGUCCUUUAAGAAGAGAAUCACGUUUGAAAUCUUGGAAGGACACAGAUGCUAAGGAAAUGAAACAGUUCAUUGCAUUGUUGCUUCACAUGGGUCCAAAAACCUUGCCUACUAUACAACACUACUGGAGUACUGAUGUUCUAUACAGUUUGCCAUUUUUUGGUGGUGUCAUGAGUCGCAACCGUUUCCAACUACUUUUGUGUUUCUGGCAUUUUGCAGACAAUGAUCAGCAUAAUGACGAUCGCCUGUUCAAGAUACGCACUGUUCUGGAUCAUUUUAACGAUGUCAUGCCGGCUAUUUACUAUCCAGGGAAAGAUCUCUCUAUUGAUGAGUCCAUGGUACUUUGGCGUGGCAAAUUGCUGUUUCGCCAGUAUAUCAAGAAUAAACGUCAUAAAUAUGGAAUCAAACUCUAUGAACUGUGCGAGCCUCGAGGCACUGUUCUGAAGAUUCGGGUAUACAGUAGCGUCCACGUAACUGAUGAUGACGGCUAUGGUCAAGCUGCUGCAACUGUUCUAGACCUCUUGGACGGCUACCUAGACAAAGGCCAUGUGGUGUACACAGAUAAUUAUUACAAUUCUGUGAGUCUGGUGAAGAAGAUGACAAACCGAUCAACCUAUCUUUGUAGAACUCUGCGAUUUGACAGAAAAGAAAAUCCAAAAGAUUUAAUCAAACAGAAGUUGAAGAAGGGGGAACAUGUUUGGAAGCGGUCUGAAUCAGUGGUAGUUUGCAAAUGGAAAGACAAACGCGAAGUUCUUACAAUCAGCAACAUGCAUCGAAUUGAGAUGGUUGAUGUUAGAAAUCGGAAUGACAAGCUGUCAAGAAAGCCGAACACAGUCCGAGAUUACAACAAUGGCAUGGCUGGAGUAGACAGGUCAGAUCAAAUGCUGUCUUACUACUCGGCGCUGCGCAAGACAAUCCGGUGGUAUAAGAAGAUUGUCCUGCAUAUCCUAGAAGUGUUUCUUCUAAAUUCCCACAUCCUGUACAAUGCAAACAACAGAGAGCAGGAUGAAGCUAUUAAAAUUUCGUGA